AAACGAGAAUGGCUCGAUAAGGCGCACACAUGUCUUCUGCUGUCUUUGGCUAUUCAAGAUAUCUCAACCGCAGUAUGUUUAUUGGUGAUACCUAAUUUUCUUCUAUCUUCUGACGUGUACAAGUUUCCAUCACAUCCAACUCACAGACGGUUGUACUGCAGUAUAAUUUGGUCGCAAUACAUUCCAUUCUCCUUGUCAAUCGUCUCCAUAUAUACGUGUCUUAUGUUGGCCAUAGAUCGCUGGCUUGCAGUUUUAAGGCCUAUGUCUUACAGACGCUAUUGUUCCUCAAAAAAAUUAAUUGCAACAAUGCUGAUUCUUCCCUGGAUUGCGGGCUUCGGAUUUGAAAUAGGAUCAGCAUUAAAUGUAAAAGAUUUGCAACUGCGUAACGGAUCCUAUGGUUGCAUUUUGAGUGAAUAUCAUAGUUCGCCUAAAAACACCGUCACUGUUUUGUUCCUGAUUUUAGGAAAGGGCUUUUUACCAGCAAUACUGAUGGUUAUAGCAUAUGCACAAAUGAUAAUCAAAUUAAUGAAAACAUCGUCACGAGUGUCGCGAGAAGCCGCUUUAAGUGGCAUACCUAAUUCAAUUUUUUCGAACACCCGUCACAAUGAAAGACAUUGUUCCCUACAGAGGAUUACAAAGAUGGUCUGCGCGGCUUCGGCUCUAGUCAUGAUUUGCUGGCUCCCUGAUCAAUUGUAUUUUGGUAUAUUUGAGUUGGGCUUGACGAAGAGAGAUCUGUCCUUUGAGAAUCAAUUACAUGUCUUGGCGUUCUUAAACACGUGUCUCAAUCCAUUUGUAUACGGGUUUUCCAAUGGUCAAUAUCAGGAGGAGUUUAAAAAGAUGUUGUGCUGUUUCUUUAAGCAACAAGCACGCCCUCAGGUGAACAGUACCAAUGAUUUAGAAGAACGGGAUCCACAG